UGUCUUCAUGGGGCUUAUUUUGUUUACUAACAAUUCACAAAUUAAAUUGUGUAGUUCAAAUCGUAGACUUUUUACUUCCAAAAUAUUUUUCAUUAGGUGUUCUUAUAAGCUUAGCUUAAUAAAUGAUUAUUAAAUUUUGUAAUGAGUGAAUCGGAUGACACUGAAUUAUUGUUAUUGAUUCCGCCUGAUUUGUUUUUGUUGAAGGAAAGUGAGAGUGACUUUAGCUCCAGAUCAAGUGUGAUUAAAACACAGAGCCCUUUUUGCGAUUGUUCACUGGAUGUUAACAGAUUUUUUGAUAAAAACAAUAACAUAGAGCACAAUCCAGAUAUGGCGUCACACUGUUAUAAUUUGCCUUAUCAACAACAAAAUGAAAUAGAUAGAAUUAAUGCAAAAAUUUCUCAGGUAGAAAGAAAUUUCACUGCAAUGGAUUCCGACAUGUCCACGACCUCGAAUCCAACUGUUCUGACCAAAUCUGUGAAACAACCAAUGAAAGAUGCAUUUUCAACGGAUUAUUUCUCAACAAAUAUUACUACUUCCACACCAAAGCAUUUAAAUUUUCAUCCAAAAUAUUAUGAAAAUAUAGGAGAGGAUAAUGGAAUUCUAAAAGAGAUUGAUAAAUAUCUGGAGGAAAAAGUUCAAACAGAUGAAUCGAACAAAUACCCAAAUGAACACAAUAAAGUUUUUUUCCGAAAUGGACCCAAUAUUGAUCGUACUUCUCUAAAUAACACGCUUGAAACUAUUCACAUUUCCAACAACAAUAAAGUUGAUCAGUGCUCCUCAAAUACCCUUAUCAGUCUUAGUGAGCUGUGGGAGAAUAAAAAUAUAGGAAAUGUUUCUUCAAAUAUCUUACUCAAACAGCUUCAAGAAGAAAAAUUACGCCGCCAGCACUGUGAAAAAACAAUCCAAGCUUUACAAAUAAAGUUGCUUGAGUAUCAACAAAAAAUUUCUGUUGCUUUACAAGUCGAUAAAGUAAAAGAUAACGCUAUUGGUGAUUUAAAAGAUGAAAAUGAGAAGCUAAAAAAUAACCUACAAAAAUUAGAAAAUUCCCUAAAGGAAAUUGAAACUAAGUGCAAGAAUGAUAAUGAAAAAUUACAAAAUGAAGUAUUAGAUAUAAAAACAAGCAAAGAGUGUUUAGAAAAAGAACUAUCGCAGGCCUUAAAUUUAGCUGCUAAAUUUCAGGACAAAAAUGAAAUUUUGGAAAUAAAAAUAGAAAAUUUUACGAAGUCAACUGAUGAAAUGGGGUUAUUGUACAAAAAACAAAUUGAAGAUAUGGAAAUUCGGGUAAUUAACGCAGAAAAAUCAGAAGAUAUCGCAAACACAGAACUGAAGAAGAUUCAAGAUAUUUUGGUCAAAACACAACUUGAUCUUGAAAAGGCUUCCAUGCAAAUGUCGGUUUUUAAAAAACAAGCUGAUUCCCUUCAAAUAAAAUGCCAACGUUUAGAAAAAAUGGAAGAACAAAAUAAAGGUUUGAAUGAAUCCCUUCUAAAAUUGACAAGACGUGAGAAUGAAUUGCUAAAGGAGUUGGAAACACAAAAAAUUGCAUUAAAAACCCAUUAUCAGCACCAACUUGAAAGGGUUGUGGAGCAGAAAUUGGUAGAAUUUCAAACGCAAUUAGAUUCUGUGGAAGAAACUUUAAAGUCUGAAGCAAAAGAACGUGAAAAAACAAUAGCUGAAAGAGCUAUCAGACAAUUAGAAAUGAUAAAUGAAAAAAAUGAUCAAGAAAUACAAUUGAUUAAUGAAAAGCAUAAUGAAGAGGUCGGAUUGUUUCGAAUUCAACUUAUUAAUGCAACAAAGAAAAUAGAAGAAUUAGAAGAAAUACUAAAAAAUUUUCGAAAUCGAAGAGUUGAUAUUGCUGAAAAAUUACAUACUGUAAUGGAAACACAAUGGCAAAAAGCUUUAGAAAUUCUUACUAGUCCUACUACAAAUGUUGAACAUCCAAAAUGUACAAAUCCAGUACUUAUUAAUAAGGAGAAACUAGAUGGUUUAAGUGCCGAUAGUGGUAUUACUAAACCAGAAAACGAGUCAUUUAAUACCCCAACGUCAAGCCGAAAUAGAACGCAUAAUCGUAAAAAUGAUGAACGUUUACAAGCUUAUAUAGAAUUGCUGUUGAGUAAAUCUCCACGAGACUUGGAUAAUUUAAACACAAUCCUUAAUCUACCAAAAAAUGAUUUUAGUUCAAACGAAAGAUCGAAAAGCUCGCAACAUUCUAAGCCGCCUUGGAAAUAAAAUAAAUCCUAAAAUAGUUUGAUGACAAUCAAAGUUAAAAUAUUAUAGAAAGUCUGAAAAUUUUGUUCAAUUUUUUGAAAUUGAUUUGUAAAUAUAUACAUAAUAUAUAUAUACACAUACUAAUAUUAAAUAUUUUUGUACAAAGGUUUUGUAUUUAUUACAAAUUUUGAUUAAGAAUAAAAAAACGAAAUAUAAUUUAUAUUUCA